GCAGUGUCAGGUCUAAACCCAGAGUAAAGCUCCGUGAAUCGAAAAAAUAUAUCGAUAUAUCGAUGAAUCAACGCGUUUUCCAAUGCACCGAUUGUUUUUUUUAUUUCGCUAAGAUUUAUUUAACUACAACUAUUAAAUUAAUUCUUAAUUGGUCAGGUAAAUUGAUAAAAUGUCUAAUAAAAUCGAGCCUAGAUGCAUAGAGUGUCAAAAAACGGAAACCCUUUUAUGGAGACAGGCCGAGACUGGGGAAGGUGAAAUUUGUUUAGACUGUUACGAACAAAAGGAAGCAAAAUAUUUGUUGGAAAGCAAUGCUUCUUCAAUUGAUUUGGAUAAAACAAAUGAUGAAUUAAAGAAACUCAAAGAUGCAAAAGACUCGAAUGAAGGUAGGCAGGCUACAACGGCAGAGGAAAAAAAACUACGCAAAAGUACCAGAUCCACUCGAUUUAAAGCGAAAGGAUCAAAUUUAUCCACUAAUACUACAGUGCCAAAUUGUAACGUCCAAAGCAUUGCGAACAAUGCUAAGGUGCAAAAUAAAGGACGUAGCAGGCGUAACAUCUUCAAAAAAAUACCUUUUAAGACGCCGGUGGUACAAGCAACUACACAUCCCGUGGAGAGCGUAUUUUACAAAGGAUCUUAUCUGCAAGUUGGCGACAUUGUAUCCUUAAUGGAUGAUAAGCAAAACAUAUAUUAUGCUCAAAUUCGAGGACUUCUAGUCGACAACUUCUGCGAGAAAUCUGCAUUUCUCACCUGGCUUAUUCCGACGCAAGCUAGUCCGGAUCCUCAUAACGGAUUUGACCCUGCGUCAUAUUUAAUAGGGCCAGACGAAGAGCUUUCUCGAAAACUUUCCGCCCUACAGUUUAUAAUGCAUGCUCCUAGCAAUUAUUAUUAUGAUCGCACCACACCCUUCCCGAUACCAGACGCAAUGGACGUCGAUGGCAAAACGAGAGGUUUUAUCUGGACUACGCUCCCCGAAUUCAAACGCAGAUCUGAGUUAUGAAAUGCAACGAACACGCACUCUGUUGUAAUAUAUGGAAUAUUAAGUUUUAUUAAGUUAUGGAACUACCUUAACAGCAAACAAAUAAAGUAGUUUAAUAUAUGUAUA